UGACGCAUCCAUUUUCGAUGCUUCUGCGAAAAUAUUCUUCUUCAUAACUGUAGCAGCGACAGGCAAUCAAAUUUGGACCAGCCUCGCAUCAUCACUUGAGUUUGUAGUAGGGGAAUUAAUUGUGGGUUGGUUCCCUCCACAAUAGAGAAAGCACACUUUGCUUCCGCUCAUUUUGGACUUGCUAGAAAGUUCGCAUUCCGAAAACCUUCAACGUGGUCAGCUUCAAGAGCAUGGCUGAUUUCCUGAUCAGUGGUGGUACGGGCUAUGUCCCAGAAGAUGGACUCUCCGCACAACAGCUUUUCUCCGUUGGAGACGGCCUCACCUACAAAUCUGCUCAACAACAGUCUGUUGUCGCUGAUGGUCAAACGGCAGAAGAGCUAUGCUCUAAAGGCGACGGGUUGACUUACAACGACUUCCUGAUUCUGCCGGGCUUCAUUGAUUUUACCUCAGACGAUGUGGACCUGACCUCUGCCCUGACCAGGAAGAUCACCCUGAAGACGCCUCUCAUCUCCUCCCCCAUGGACACAGUCACAGAGUCAUCGAUGGCCAUCGCCAUGGCGCUCAUGGGAGGCAUCGGCCUCAUCCAUCACAACUGCACCCCUGAAUUCCAAGCCAACGAGGUCCGCAAGGUUAAGAGGUUUGAGCAAGGCUUCAUCACAGACCCUCUUGUAAUGAGCCCACGUCACACGGUGGGGGACGUGUUCGAGGCCAAGACUCGCCACGGCUUCUCCGGCAUACCCGUCACCGAGACCGGCAAGAUGGGCAGCAAGCUGGUGGGCAUCAUCACCUCCAGAGACAUCGACUUCCUCUCCGAGAAGGACCACAGCCGACCACUGGAGGAGGCCAUGACUAAGAGGGAGGAGCUAGUGGUGGCCCCAGCCGGUGUCACGCUGAAAGAGGCUAACGACAUUCUACAGCGGAGCAAAAAAGGCAAGCUGCCCAUCGUGAACGACAGUGACGAGCUGGUGGCCAUCAUCGCCAGGACAGACUUGAAGAAGAACAGGGACUACCCCCUGGCCUCUAAAGACUCUCGCAAACAGCUGCUGUGCGGAGCCGCCAUCGGCACCAGGGACGACGACAAGUACCGACUGGACCUACUGAUGCAGGCUGGGGUCGACGUGGUCGUACUG